AUGUCAGAAGCUGGAAAAAGUUGUGAGCCUCAGCCAGCUACUGUACUUGUUGACAUCCCCAAUAAACAUCUCCAUGUACUCAAUGAAAUUAUCAAGCUAGUUGAUCCUGAAAUGCAACCAAUUAUCGAGUGUAUUAACAAAGUGAAUGGAGAUACCAGACGCGUGAGAUAUGCAUCGUGGAUGAAACGUCAGCUCAUCCCGGGGUUCUUGAAGGGGAAGACGUGGAAAGAUCUUAUCAAGAGGAUCAUGAAUAUCUACGGUGAUGAAAAACACUUGGUUCUGUUUGUAGAUGUGUGCUGGGCUAUCGUGGUGGCUGAACUAAUCCGGGCUUUGAGACAGAUUGAUGGACGUGACGCAGACGUCAAUAUAAGAUAUUCAGCACAGGAAUUGAUUGACUUUGUGGACCCUGUGCAACGAAGAGUGGAGCGCAAGCAUGCGCACUAUUGUUACCCCUUGAAUCUCAGCAAGGAUGUCCUAGGGAUGUUGCUGAUUACACUCCAUCGUCUCAGCUCGGAUAUAUCAAAGACUUUGUGA